AUGUCAUCCAACCAAUCCGCAGAAACAAUGUCCGACACCUUGUCGCCAAACUCGAAAAGCGUCCAUUUCGAUUUGCCACCUGCGAACGCAGCCGAGGAACUUCACCAAAAACCGACGCGUCCUCGCCGUCGAAAACAUCGCUCGCAACCACCCAUUCCCAGGCGCGUUUUCGGGCUAAUCCUCACCGAGGAGAGCAUUCGCAACAUAGCGCUCAAAGUGCUGCCGCAAGCCUUGCUGGAUCAGUUCACUGGUGAUCUUGACGCCUGUCUGACCCACGUAGGGCAGCAUUUCUCCAAUGCGCACUGCCAGCAGCACUUCCCCCACAUGGGUCUCCGCUGGCGCGACACCGUGCUCGUAGACACGGAUGAAUCCUCCAUGCCUUGCGUUGUCCUGGGACACAUGCGCAACAGGACGGAUGGAGAGAUCUAUGUGACGCUCUCGCAGAUGCGGGAGCUGAGGGAGUAUUUGGGAUUGGGCGACCAAGAGCCGGACUGGUACACUGUAGUGUGCACAGGCUAG